UAAUUGACCUAAGGCUCUUUUCUUCUUCCUUUGCACACACGUCCCAAAACAGAGAGAAGAAUUCACCAGAAUCAUGGAGAGCUGCCAGAAGAAAAAGCAAAAAGAAUUGGAGACACCAACAGAGCUCAGUGAUAUGCCUGAUGAAUUAAUCUUGAAGAUAUUCUCGCUUCUUCCGUUUUUCAAAGAGGAUUUAGCAACACGUUUCAUAUCAGAAUAUGGGAAGGGUCAUUGGAAACCGGAGCCGAAUGUCAUUUUUGAUGAUCAAUCAAUCGAUAUGAGUUUUGUAUAUGGAUCUUUGAUGUCCAAGGAUGCUCAAAUUCUAGAUAGCUUGCAUCUCAAGCUUAACAAUUACUAUUCUGCUUCAGAUAUCAAUUUUCUAGUUCAACUCGGGGUUAAUCGAUCUGUGAGAGAGCUGAGAAUCGACUUGUUUGGCAAAACCCUAGAACUGCCUUGUUGCUUGAGUACGUGCACAACCCUAAAAGAAUUGGUACUCGAUAAUUUAAGCAUCAGGCCUGUCCCGCGUUGGUUUCGUUUGCCAUCACUCGAAACUCUCCAACUUUCAUCGGUUGCUGGAGGCAAUUCUGGUGCAAGUCUUAUAAGAAUUUACUCUGUUCAUGAACGUUUGGUUGUACACCAAAACAGAUAUGACGAUGUGACUAUAAUCAAUAUCAAUGUGCCUACUUUGAGGAGCUUAUCUAUCGAUAACAGGAAAGGGAUGUAUGGGCGCACCGGUGGCUUUUGGAUAAAUGCUCCUUCUUUGAUGUUCUUGAACAUUAAGGAUACAUUCAGUAACUGUAUAAUGUUUGAAUCCAUGCCUGCGAUGAUCAAAUCGGAUAUCGAGGUUACUCAUAACCAAUCUGAGAAGUUCUUAGAGUCUCUUACCUCAAUCCGACAUCUUUCUCUUUGUUCUCCAACUUCAAUGACUCCAUAUCCUACAGACACAAAAUUCCCCAAUCUUGAACAUCUAAAGCUAUGUACAUGUUCUGCGGGAUGGCAGAAUCUACUUGCGUGUAUGCUCAAUGACGCUCCCAAUCUUCGAUCUCUUACACUUAAGUUGAGACAUAAAAACGAUAUCAAUCCGAAGGGCAUCUGGGAAAAACCAACAGUUGUUCCUGAAUGUCUAUCUACGCGUCUUGAGAUCUUGAAAUGGAGAGAUUAUGAAGGAACUGAGCAUGAGAAGGAUAUGGUUGGGUACAUACUAGCAAACGCUACUUUCCUACAGAGGGCGACAUUCUCAACGAAAUGUAGAGACCAAUGUGAUUCCAGGUUCAGCGAGUUACAGUCUAUGGAGAGAGUUUCAGAGAUAUGUGAGUUUGUGUUUGACUAAUGUGACUCUCUUAUGUGAUGGUGUGUGUCUCUCUAGAAGACACAGAGACGUUCUUAGCUUUCUUCUUCCUUUCCCUUGACUUUUAUCUUUGAUGGUUUUGUUUUCUUAUCUGCGGAUCUUCUUUAAUUCUUGAAAACAGAGCUUUUUUUGUU